AUCGCCCCACAUCUUUCGCACCACUACAAUUGCCUAGGAGAAUCUAGUCCCAAUGCCCCCUCGCAGGCCGCAGCCAAGAUCUGCACGUCGUCGAUUGCUUCUUCCCAAUUUAUGUCUUGACAACGCCGAGGACGUGAUCAAGAAUAAAGAGAUGUCCCUUCCAUUUCCCAGUCAGCCCAACAAACCUGGCCUUACCGACGGACUGACCUUGCCUAAGGAGCUGCGGCUUAGACAGUUGUUUAUUUUUCCCAUUUCCAUUGGGAAGAAGGGAGUCACUAAAACGGCGCAGUACGUAUUAAACAUGAGAAAGGAAAUCCAGCUUUCCACUGUAUUUCGAUCUCACCAUCUUUGGAACAACUGCAAGACAUACGCUCACACUACAACGUGGAUCGAUGCGGGCAAAGAUAUGGUUCCUCCUCUUCCAAGUGACGCCCAACAGGAUAGAGCAGCUCGACGAUUGUAUUAUUGGUAUAUCGAUCACACUCUCAGAGGAUCUGGUUUGGUGAACAACGAACUGUCUACUCAAGAUGAAGUGCUUAUGCAGUUGAUCUUGCCAAUCAAUCUCCUUUUGCAGACUCGCUAUGAGAAUACAAUUGAUGAAUGUGAUCAUCCUCCGGAGAAAGGUGACCCCGGAAAAGAAAAAUCUUACAGGAAUGUUUGGGGUCGGGGUAGUGACUCAACAGGACAUCCCCCACCUGAGGAUGGCCAUACUCCCCACUUCGGUAGACCUGUGUCAGCCUCACAUGUCGACGAUGAUCACAACAAGGCGGGAUUUCCCGACUUCCUAUCUCAACGCACCCCCCUACGGCUCGACCAUGGAGCCCUAGCAGAAAUCAAGUCCGCAUUGGCUGUCAACGGAACCAGCCUGAGGAGAACAUUAAGUUCGUCUACGAUUCGUAAGCAUGGCACCUUCCCCUGGGAGUCAUCGCAAUCUAAAGAUUAUAACUUACUGCGCCAGGUGUGGGGCGAGAUGCAUGCUUACAAGUCCAAUUAUGCAUUUUUUACCAACGGCGAUGAAGUGGUUCUCUUUGUGCGUCUUGGCAGAACAUCCCUCUGCGUUUCAGAUAUCAAGAAGUGGGAUUCCCCAGACGUUCUCGAAGCCUUGAUCGGAUUGACGUUUGCUUCUAUUGACUACCCGUCACGUUCAUGGGCAGAGACUGCUGAGCCAACCGAGGAAAUGCAAGACUCCUAUGAGAGGAGUCGCGAAUUUGUAUUCAGGCAUCUCUGUCCGGUCAAUGAGCUCGUAAUCGAUUGGUCAUCACCGGGAAGAAGGAAGAGAACAAAUGUCGCACUAACAGAUAUCGAGAAGGCUCUGCUUGAAAAGGAUGCUGCGCCUGCUGUGUUGCCCGAACUCGGUCCAAAAACGCCACCUCCAGAAGAAAGCCAGGGUCCAAUCCUUAUACCUCCGGGGCAAACUCGUGGCGAAGGGAAGCGUCCAGUGAAACCAACGACCCGUCGCAGCUUCGAAUUCAACAAGGACAGCGAAGUAACCAAAUUUGGACGCUUGAGGAUCAGGACAAAUGCUCCCGAGGCAGGAUCCAACUCGGAAAGAGAAGGUCAAUCUAAGGCCACCGGCAGUCGUGACACUUCCAGUCCAGAACCACAGGGUGAGAGAUCUUCAGAAGAUUAUGAUCCCGAGGAUGAAGAUCCUGAGGGUCAUCAUUCGAGUUCAAGCUCAGACGAAUGAAGUUCCACGUUCACUGGUUCUUUGGGGUGUUCAAGGACGCAUAAGUAUGUAGAGCCAUUGACGUAAGGAGCAGGCACGAAUCAUGGAACCUCUUGUGCCACCGUGUAGUUAUUGUUAGUAGAAUUUAUGUUUUGAAGUUAGUAAUGAUCUUCAGCAGUGAACCAAGAAUGAUGUGUGUAUCGAAAAUCCGUUUCAACGUCUAUGUGGAAUAGCUUGCAGAUGCAGGAAAGAUUUUUAACGCAAGUAUCCGU